CUCUUUUUUUCCUCCUCGCCCGCCCGUUGUCUCAAGUCUCAGCUACGCCCUACAAUUCCACGCUCAACGCAGUAUCUUCAUCCUUGCAGGAAUGACCACGACAAGGAGUGAGACUAGAAUCCAGAAUCAUGAUGAUGAUGCAUCAUCAUCUUGUAAAAAGAGGCUCAAGAGUUUUGACAAGGGUGAUGUAGCACCUUGGUCAGAUGUUAACCAUGAUAUGCUUUUUAUAGUUAUGAUGAAACUGGGAGUUGUUGAUUUUCUUGCGUUCAGCAGAGUUUGCAAGUCAUGGAGGUCAUUUGCAGUAUCCAACAGGAACAUGUUUAUGGUGUCUAAACCACCCAUGAAGAUACGCUUUGGGCUCCUUGAUAAUAAGGAAGACUACUACUGCUGCUUUGAAGACUUUGAAGGAAAAAGGUUCAAAACCAUCCUUCCUCAUUCUGCUGGCAGGACCUGUGUUGGAUUAACUUGUGGCUACUUUAUCUAUUUCAGUACAGAAACCCGUGACUUCUGGCUUGUGAAUCCUAUCACAAGUCAUGAGCUCCAUUUCCCUGAUUACCCUUUAUAUGUAGGUGUUGAUGAAGACAGAAUCAAGGCUAUCCUUGUCUUUUCACCUUCAAUAUCUGGGUGGGUGUUUGUUGUGUUACGUACAACAUUAUCGGGUUAUAGAGCUCGUAAAACAAAAAUAUCGUAUUAUAUAACAGGUAAACGGGGAUGGAAUCAUGUCUCAUCCGCUCUCCCCAUUCUUGAUUUACAUGUUUUUAAAGGGAAGAUGUACACUCUACACACCCAUUGCUCUUUAGGUGAACUCAGACUCAAUUUGAAUUCAAAGUGUAAGGGCAAAUGGAGGUCACUUGAAACCAAGAGUUUUCUGAAGCUUGACAUGUUCAAGCCACGACUUGUGAGUUCAAAUGAAAAGCUUUAUGUGAUGCAUUGGGUUUCAAGACCUAAAAAGGUUAUGGAACUUGAUUUUGGGGAAAUGAAAUGGGUGUUGCCAGAUAAGACAAUACAAGAAUAUGCAAUCUUUUAUAGCUACUUGAAGUCUUGUGUUGUUAUUAAACCAGAGUUAUGGGCUGGCCUUUGGACACAAUCCAUUAGCAAUGGUUGUUUCCUUGACACUGAUGAAAGUCAACAAGGCGUGUUCUGUUAUCAAGGGAUGUGGUAUUUCCCCCAUGAUUGUUUGAAUGUUAAUCUCUUAGAUGAGUGAUGACUUCUUAAUUAGCACUUUUAUCUUUUUAUCUUUUUUUUUUUUACUGUGAAAUUUCCAUAUAGUUGACUGUUUGUUGACCCACAUACUUGAUACAUUCCAUUAAAAAAAAAAAACUUUAUACUCUUUUGCCUCAUUCUUGAUCUAUUCCAAAGUCUUCACCAGAUACAUGUGCACAAACAAACGAUCCUGUCCUGAGAUACAAGUCAAUACUAAUACUAAUCAGCUGAAGUUUUGUGAUGUCAUGAUCUUUAACAUAUUAUAAUAAACUGUAAAACAUAUAUUAUACAGACAAAAAAACAUUCAUCGAC